GGAUGGAGUGUCGUCACAAAGUAGAAGGAAAAGGAAUUCUCUUUCUGUGCCCUGUGGUGUCAUAAUUGCAAUAAAUUCAUAAAUUGAGGUUAUGUUAUUCUUAUUAUAAAUAUUAAUUUCUGAUUUGAUAAGAGUGAUAUGAGAUUAGAAGUUGAAGUAGAACAGUAUUCAAUUAUACCAAUUGAUUCACCUUAGUUAAGAUAUUCGAUUAUUCACAUUUUAGUAGUGUAAACAAACUUCCAAUUAAUUCUUGGUUUAAUUUGUAAUUGAAAUUUCAUCCCUGUAACUCUGUAUUGUACAUACAUCAUUUUACUCAUAAUUCAGUUUAUAAGGAUAUUUUGAAGUUUCAUCAAUUCAUCUCAUAAUUUUCUGAUUUCACGACAGUUGACUAGACAUUGUUGCCAAAAAUUUACUAUUGCCAAAUUUUCAGUAUUAAGCGUUAUUACCUUGAAAUUGAAAAUAUUGAAGAAAGUUCUUGAAAAGGUUGAUUGAUAAGCUGGGUUGAUUCAUGAAUGCAUUUAAAUAGAGAUAUAACAUCUCUGAUUGCCAGUUUAAUAUAAUGAAGCUUCUCUCAAGAUAAAUCAACGAUUUCAAAGGAUUCGAAUUGUUGUCUUGAAAAUGUCAUGUGUAACGUUGAGAAUAGUUCGAAAACUACUUGAGAAAAAUGUGAAUGUGACUGUGAAACGUGAGUGCAGUUUCUUGCACGUGACCGGGGACAGGAGUGGCCAAGUGACAGCUGUUGUGCAGCCUCACCUCGAUUUCGACGAAAGGUUCAAAGACUUGGCUCAACUUGAACAGAACGUGGCCAGGCGGCAAUUGCAAAUCGAUGUUGCUGAACUCAGCAAGUCAUGGCUCUUCUACAAAGAGAGGCUGACGGUCAAAGAGAAACUUGUCGCAAAAAAGAAGGAAAUAACAAGUCAAAUGCAAAAAUAUUACAACUCCAAAGACAAGUCAGAACAACUGGAAAGUUUAAAAUUUGAAUUGGAGAUUACUAAAGAUGCGUUACGGAAAGCUUCAAGUACGGUUUGGGAUAUUGAAAAUAAUGUAGUAGUUAGAGCUUUACAGUUACCCAACGAUAUUGAUCCUAGGGUUCCCGAUGAAGAACAAAUAGAACUAUCUUAUAAUAGGGAAAUUAGUGGCUCCGUAGACCAUAUUGUUGCUGGAGAGAAAAAUGGCUGUUUGUCUUAUAUAAAUCCAUCUUGUUACUACUUGACAAAGGAUUUGGCAAAGCUGGAGUUAUCGAUUGCCGAUUAUUUUGAAGCACGAUUUAAACAGAGAAAUCAUCAGCCUGUCUCGAAUACAGAUUUUUCAAGGCCAGUGCUUGUGGAGGGUUGCACCCUGAAAACAGUAGCAACGGAUCUCUCAUUGCUGAUGACCCCCGACAGUGAUGAUGGACAGUUGUAUUUGAAUGGUGGUGCGUCAUUCCUGCCGUUCUUUGGACUACAUGCCAAGCACACCGUCACUUUGGAGUCGCCAUCGUUCAGGUACGUCACCAAAGGUCGCCAAUACAGAACCAAUGUGAAUCCGCAAAUGAAUGGCUUGUACUCAGCAUGGCAAGCGACUGGUGUUGAAUUUUUCAUUGGAACAUCAACUUCUACAGAAACUAGUUCAGAAUGCGAUAGUGCUCUCCAAUUUUUAAUUGAACUUUACAAAUCACUAGGAUUAGGCUUUAGAAUUGUCAACACACCUGCUAGGAAGCUGCAUAAGUGGGAAAGUUUGCGAUUCACUUUUGAAUUAUUCUCACCAGCAUCGCAAACGUAUGCAGAAGUAGGUAAUGUUUCAGUAAUCAAUGAUUUUAUUAGUAAACGAUUACAAGCUUAUUGUAUGGACGAGAAAAAUAACAUGGGAUUUCUGCAUGUUGUCUCUGGGACAGCGGUGAGGAUACCUGUCUUGUUGGCAGCUGCAUUAGAAACUUCCGAUGAUCAUAACACUGUUCAAAAUCUACUGCAAAAAACUAAAGAAUUGGAAAUAGUCCAAACUUAAAAAAUAUAAAUCCAUAAAAAAUUGUAAUAUUGUCAAAAUAUAACUCUGUUUUCUGUUGUCAAA